GAUGCAAUUUGGAGCCGGAGAGAGAAAGAGAGUCUUGCUCGUCCCGUCGAGGUCUCUCAUGUCCAAGCUCUGCCCCUGGGGCCUGACCUCUGCCUCGCAACCUGGAGAAGCAUUUUGGAAAACAUUCCACCUGAAAACCUUGAUCAGGAAUACGUGGACAAUGGGCUGUUUAUGAAAGCAGCCCGGGAAAGGACGUCUACGCUUGAUGUUGAUGAUUUUUUUUUUUUUUUUUUUUUUAUACAGGGAAGAGAAAAAGGGGAGGAGUGGCACUGAACACAGAAAAGAGAGGAGCACAGAGACGCAGGAAAACAAGCGGAGGAGAGCAGCUGAGAGAUACAGCACGGAAACCAACGAGUAUGACAAUCCCGGAGAGGACUGAAGAAGAUUCCCAUAGGAUAAACUCUCGGUGAAGUGAUGAGUACUCAGAGCGUUGAGAGCCCCGACGCGGAUGUGGCGGUGGUCGCCAAGGAGAUGGCAUUGCUUAGCAACAUACUGGCAGCUUACACCUUCAUAACAGACCAACCCGAAAGGACAGCGCUGGUGUUUCUGGGCGGCGUGUCUGUCGGUCUCCUUGUCACGCUCUGUGCCGUCGUCUUCCAGAUCCACUGCCGCGCCGACUGUCACUACGGCAACGGCAAACACCCUCGCCAACGCCGUCACCACCGCCACCGGCACAGGCGUCACCGUCACGUCUGUCAGCGGCACGUCCACGCCGACCCGGACGACGGCGCCAUCGUCGCCGCGGAGGUCGCCGGGCCUGCCGGGGACAGCGAAUCAGACGGCUGGGACGAGGCCACGGACCUGUCGUCGCGGAGACGCAGGCGCUUUGAGAGGGCCCUGCUGCACGCCGGCAUGUUUACAUCGGCUGAGGAACUGGACCAGGCCCAGCGGCUAGAAGAGCGGGAAAGAAUCCUGAGAGAGAUCUGGAUGAACGGCCAACCAGACAUCAGCACAGUCACUCAGAGCCUCAAUAGAUAUUACUGAGAAAGGAAGGCAAACCCCAAAGGACACUUGCAGGAAAGAAAGAAGGACUUCAGAAGAGCGCACAAAGGCGACAGUCGCGGCGAAAGCCACGCCGACGUUUGGCGAGACGUUAUCCGUCCACACAUUUGCCCACUAACAUGCUGUUUGUGUUUCGAACACAGUUGAAAUGGUGCUUUUGUAUGCGUAGGGAAUGUGAAUGUGUUGUUGUUUAACGGGAGAUACGUACAAUCUCUCCCUUAUUCCACCUUCUUGAUUCUUUGAAGCUAAAAAGGAAAGGAAAAAGAA